AUGGGCGAUCCUGAUUUGAAUGUCGACAACUUGAUCACGCGUCUCCUUGAAGUUCGAGGAUGCCGGCCAGGAAAGACAGUGUCAAUGACAGAAAACGAGAUCAAGGCACUCUGCCACAAAUCGAGGGAAAUCUUCCUUUCGCAGCCAAUCCUUUUGGAGCUCGAGGCGCCGCUUAAAAUCUGCGGCGACAUCCAUGGACAGUACAACGACCUAUUGAGGCUGUUCGAGUAUGGAGGAUUUCCCCCAGAGGCCAACUAUCUCUUCUUGGGUGACUACGUGGAUCGUGGCAAGCAAAGUUUGGAGACGAUUUGCCUUCUUCUCGCCUAUAAAGUCAAGUACCCUGAAAACUUCUUCUUGCUCCGUGGCAAUCACGAGUGUGCUUCCAUCAAUCGUAUUUACGGAUUUUAUGACGAGUGCAAGAGGCGAUUCUCGAUCAAAUUGUGGAAAACUUUCACCGACUGUUUCAACUGUUUGCCGAUUGCCGCUCUGAUCGACGAGAAGAUUUUCUGCUGUCACGGAGGCCUGUCACCUGAUCUACAAAACAUGGAACAGAUUCGUCGAAUCAUGAGACCGACCGAUGUUCCUGAUACAGGUCUUCUUUGCGAUUUGUUGUGGUCGGAUCCAGAUAAAGAUGUGCAAGGAUGGGGUGAAAACGAUCGUGGAGUCUCGUUCACGUUUGGACCAGAUGUUGUCGCUAAGUUCCUGAAUCGACAUGACUUGGAUUUGAUUUGCCGAGCCCAUCAGGUUGUGGAGGACGGCUACGAAUUCUUUGCAAAACGGCAACUCGUAACAUUGUUCUCGGCACCAAACUAUUGUGGAGAAUUCGAUAACGCAGGAGGAAUGAUGAGUGUAGACGAAACAUUGAUGUGCUCGUUCCAGAUUUUGAAACCAUCUGAAAAGAAGGCCAAAUAUCAAUAUCAAGGAUUGAACUCUGGUCGACCUCCCGCAAAUGCUGGCACUCGACCCGGAACUACUGCUACUGGUGGAAAGAAAAAG